ACGAUUAACAAUAGGCCACCAUCUGAUCGGAGAUCGGAAACCGUCGAUAUAUUUUGACAGAUGUAGACAAAAUGUGACAGGAGUUAUUUAGGUCUUUACUAAGCAUGUUGAGCUGGGGACGAGAUAGUACCCCGGAUAUAGAUACGGUGGAGAGGGGGCCGCAUGUCCUCGCAGUAGAAACCCGUGGUUGAAUGGGUCAGAAAUGUAAUUUGGAGGAUGGGGAACGACAGAGGAAUAUGGACUUUUCUACUUGUGAUCAACUUCUCUGUUAUCAUUCAAUGCUCGUGGCCCCUGUCUUCAUGCAAGGGUAAACGCACUAUUUACACGGCCCCUAAUGGCACGGUGGAGAGCGGGGUCGGGGCUGAUGGCACUUACACCAAUUUUUCGCGAUGCGAAUGGCUCAUUGAUGCGGGAGGUGCCAACAGGUCUAUUCUGUUGGAGUUUAGGAAGAUGGAUACAGAGUGUUCCUAUGACUUCUUGUUCAUCUUUGAUGGCCAAUCGUACAACGGUAAACUGGUGGCCAGUGUGAGCGGCAACACCCUACCACAACCUAUAGUGGCCCGGACUGGCUAUAUGCUGAUCUAUCUGUUCACGGACAGGAACUACAACCUGGAGGGUUUCCAGGCAGACUACAAGGUGCAGGAUUGUCCCUUUAACUGUCAUGGCCGGGGGGCAUGUGUAAACAAUAGAUGUGUGUGUAACAGUUACUACACCGGGCAGGACUGUGAGCUCCGUAUCUGUCCCAACUCCUGUGGAUUUGGGGACUGUAAGACUAUCAAUGGGGAGAAGAUCUGUAAGUGUAAUGGUGGAGUAAUGGGGGAGGGAUGUGACCUGCCUAUACAUGGACGUAAUGGGACAGGCAUGUGGUAUAGACUGGCUCCUUCCACGGAGAGUUUCGUCCCUCGUACAGCACACGCUGGCGUGUUUGUACGGGAGGAGGAGUGUCUGUAUAUAUAUGGGGGGUAUACGUUAAACGAAGUACUUGGGGAUUUAGUGCGAUUCUGUGUCCGCAACAGUCAAUGGGAGACAGUGCAGCGUAACAAUCAGAGUGACUUUUGGCCAGCAGCUCGUAAGGAACACAGAAUGGUGAAAUAUGGCGAAGGAUUUUAUAUUUUUGGUGGUAUGCAAUCAGACGGGUCCCAUUGCAAUGACUUACUUUUUUAUAAUCUCACAUCACAGACCUGGUCACAGAAGGCUGUCAACAGCUCAUUACAGCCAGAAAAACUGACUGGCCAUUCUCUGACCCUAGUCAACAGCUGGCUUUACGUGAUAGGUGGCAAAAUGGAGCAUGGAUUGUUUUCCUCAUCUAUUUAUAGAUAUGAUAUAAAUGGUAGUGAGGAUUCAUGGGAAGUAGUGUAUCUAAAAGGAGGUCGUCCGGUGCAACAGUUACUAGUUGGACAUACGGCUGUCUAUCACAAGGAGUCCCGCUCAAUCAUAGUGUUUGGAGGAUACUCGGCCUUGCAGGCACGAUUUGCGAAACUUUCCAGUCGACUGUUCAUGUUUAAUGUAGAGACACUAUACUGGGGUGAGGUAGAGUACCCAGAGAAACAGCGUGUAUACUCUUCCUCCAACAUCCAGCGCGCCUAUCAUUCCGCCUCCAUCAUGGGUAACUACAUGGUUGUCUAUGGAGGAAACGUACACAUGCACAACUCCAUAGAGACAUGUUAUGAUCACAAGAUCCAUUUAUACCAUCUGGGCUGUCACCAGUGGAUCAAGCACCCAGGCGUACACUCGCACUCAGCUGCUUCAAAUGGCGAGCCGAAGAAGGGUCGUUUUGGUCAUGUGGCAGUACCGGCUUACAACAACAUUCUACUUAUCAUUGGUGGCUAUAGUGGCUAUGUUCGCGGUGACCUUGUGGCCUACAAAUUUCAGGGCGUGGUGUCGCCACCAGAGAAUGAAGAGGAUAAGGACCUGGACCACUGUGAGAACUAUGCUGACCCCCAGCAUGAACGUUGUCCUCAGGAUCCUGAGUGUGCCUUCUGUAUGGAAAAACGGGACACCCGCAUGCCUGGCUGUGUCCACCGUAGCCGACUAGAUAAAUGUGCGGAUGCCAGGCAUGCCAAGAAGUACAACUGUUCCGGGCUGUGUCACGCUCUUCACACCUGUCAGUCUUGUCUGACCCACGGGCAUAAGGUCACACUCAACAAAAAGUCACCCAGACAUCGCUUUUACCAACACGAUUGUGUGUGGUGUGUCAGAAACUCAACAUGUUCACCUAAGUCAGAUAGUGCUUGCAGUAGCUCACUCAGUUCAUACAUAUCUGGAAUCACUGGCUGGUGGAAUGGCUCCAACACAAAAUGGGAGGAUGUUGACCAGUGUUCACUUGAUGAGAUUCCAGCAGGCAUUCAGAUGGUCACUCACUACAACCCCUCAAAUAGUGAACAGCCAGAUGAGGUGAAGAUCCUACAUUCCACGGAGGAGUUGUUGGACUAUGAGGUGUACAAGGGUAAGACAGAUGGCCAUCUACAAAUGAUCCUGAAAGGCUUCAUCCACCCUCUGUCUGCCACACCCAUCUACGGCACAGACAAGCUCCGUGUGUUCCUCAUCACCUCCGGUCUCCCUACCGUCCUCCGUCUCAGCAAUGACAGUACCCUGGAAAAACUGGAAGUUGUUGCCAUGAUCAACAAGACAAACUCUCCUGGUGCCCGCAGUGUCGAAUCCGUCAGGAAUGGAAGUAGACCACUUUUUCCCAACACAGUGCGGGGUUACAAGUAUCUUUUCACCAUCAGUGGCAUGAGUGACAUGAAUGAGAAACAGAACUCCACCGUGUCCCUAGAGUGGAAUAUAGCUAGCCCUAAGAUUGUGAGAGGUAAACAGGUGCGUCCCUUCACUUUAGAGUUCCUGGAACAAUAUCACUCACCCCAUUGUAGUCGCCACCACAACUGCCUGGCCUGUAUGUCCAAUGCUGAAUGUGGCUGGUGCCCCUACACAGACACCUGCGACCACAAGGGCAGUAACUCAAGCUUAUCCUCUUGUGUGGGCCCAGAUCCCCAGGCCUAUCUGAUAACCCAGCCUGUGGACUGUGUGCAGUGCUCUGACUACGUGGACUGUCACACCUGUGCUUCGGACGAGCUUUGUGAGUGGAUCACCAAAGAUGUUAGAUGUACAAGGAGGUGGAGAGUUCACACCAUGAUUAAGGACCCCGUCAACUGUCCUGUCGCUUGUCACAGGCGGAUGUCGUGCACCUCCUGUAUAUCGCCCAACAGUGAGUGUUUUUGGUGUGAAAACACAGAGACAUGUCUGCCAUUUGCCCACUACAUCUCACGCUUUGUCAACGGUCAGUGUCGCGAGUGGAUGGACAGUGAGGGGAUUGAAUCCUACAGCUGUAAGAACUGCUCGUCCCAUUCAGUGUGUGAGUCCUGUCUGGCCAUGUAUGGGUGUGGCUGGUGUAGUGAUCCGGAUAAUCCCUCCAUAGGGCGCUGUGUCGACGGAGACUUCGCAGGACCGUAUCAUGGACAGAACUGUUCGGUCAUUAUACAUGAUAUUCAGAACAGGACAGAGGUGCUGUCUGCUGAUUGGUCGUAUCAGCGUUGUCCUGACGUUAACGAGUGUAUACUUGGCUUCCACGACUGCCAUGAGAAUGCCACUUGUGAAAACAUCCACAGCAGCUACCUGUGUCACUGUAACCGCGGCUUCAAAGGGGAUGGUCGACACUGUGUGAAAACGUGUCACUAUACAUGUGUACACGGGAACUGCUCUGAGGUGCCGGACUACGAGUGUCGCUGUAGACUUGGCUACACAGGGCCUGAUUGUAACACGAGCUGUCAGUGUAAUCAUCGCAGUACCUGUAGUAAGGGGGUCGGACUGUGUGAUGAAUGUCAACAUAACACCACUGGACUUCACUGUGAGAAGUGUGUCCUGGGCUUCCACGGCGAUCCAGCUAACCUCAUGGGCUGUGAGCCUUGUGAGUGUAACGGCCAUGGUGAUGAGGAGUUAGGCCUGUGUUCUGCUACUGGUCACUGCUACUGUGUGGACCACACCACUGGCGAUCACUGCCAAGUCUGUGAGGAAGGGCACUACGGCAAACCAAUAAAUGGAGGUCGAUGUUACCGGUCCUGUGACACUCCCACAGUUCUUAACAGCACCAGUGGGUACAUUGGGUCGUACAAAGGUACAGGAGUGAGGGAUUGGCACGCCUACUGUAUCUGGAUCAUAGCCCCCCUCAGUGGAGAGGAACUGGAGCCUGUCCGUGGGGACUCGCAGUACGACACACCUCCCAUCAAUAUCACCAUAGAGGACAUCGAUACAGAUUGUGGCUGGGAUUAUGUGUAUGUGUAUGAUGGUAUACCCGACUUCAUCGACGGCAGUGAGGAUGCCUGGGGGACACUGCUAGGAGUGUUCUGUGGGAAGACAGCAGGAUACUCUGUCCUAGCCAAGUCACGCAUCGUUACCAUCUACUUUGAAACUGACAUCUCCAAACAUAUGUCCGAGAUAUUUUUCCUUCCUUCUGUCUAUAGUAACUUAGAAUUCAACUAUCGUAAAGACCAUCGCAUACCAGGAUUCAAUGCCAGCUACCAUAUGAACAAAUGUUCGUCGGUGUGCCCGAUCAAUAAAGUGUGUGAGGGGGACCGCUGUAUCUGUGAGAGCGGCCAUGAUGGUCCUGACUGUGACAACUAUAUGUGUACAGACAACUGUACCUUUAUCCAGGAUAAAUUCUCGUGUAGAUGUCAAGCAAACUUCAAUGGAGGGUCUACUUAUAGUAUUGAGUUGAUACCAUGGUUUUACCAAGCAGUGCCUCGCCUCAGGGGCCUCUAUGGACAGUGGAACAGGUAUGGCCACACCCUUACAGCCUGUGGGGACGAACUCCUCUACAUGUUUGGUGGCCAUUCUCUUGAGAAGGGGCUGCUCAACGACCUGUGGGUGUUCAAUAUCACCUUUGGCAGCAAGUGGAACCAGAUCAUGCCCAUUACCAUUGACGAGCCAGAGGGCAGGUAUUACCAUGCUGCUGCCUGUGUGCCAAUAAAGAGACAGUUAUUUAUCUACGGGGGAUUCAUCAAAGACAGGACUGGCAAAAAGAAAUAUAAGGCUUCCAAUGAGCUCUGGAGCUUUUCUAUUGGAGGACGCAAGUGGACACGCAUGUCGGUACCAGCACUGGUGAAGCCCGUGGCUGGACACACUAUGACACGUAUAGAGGAAACCCAGCUGCUCAUCAUCGGAGGAUUCUCAACAGAAAACUACUUCUCUAACAUGAUCUACAAAUUUGAUACUAAUGUGGAACACGGAAAGGCAUGGUCCGAGUACGGCCGGGGCAGUCUGGAUGGAGCUGUCCCUUUAGGGUUGUAUGGCCAUACAGCAGUUUAUCAUGAGCAAACCAAUGCCAUCUUUGUCUAUGGUGGAAUGUUGUUUCACAUCGAUAAGUUCUCUGUGUCUGACCAGCUGUAUGUGUUAAAUCUGGACGAAGAUAGGAAACAGUGGAAUGUCCUUCAGGCUGAGGAGGGUAGUCAGAAAGAUGCUCGAUUCCUUCAUACAGCUGUUGAUAUGGGAGAUUACAUGGUGGUGAUGGGUGGACGUACAGACAGCUCCAACUUCUCUAACAGUAUCCUCAUCUACCGCUACCUGUGUAACUACUGGCAUAAGUUUGAUUUAGGGGAUUUGGCCUUCAGUAGACCCCUACACUCUGUGGUGGCUCCCAGCUCUGCAGUGAUCAAUAGCAGUAUAUAUGUGAUGGGAGGCCUUGACCACUUUGUUCACAGUGAGAUAAUCAAGCUUGACCUGCCCAGUGAUGUGUGUAGCCUGAUUGGAGACCUAAAUCGCUGUGUUAACUCCUCAGGGUGCUCGGCCUGCAUCAUGUCGACACCUGGGGCCCCAAACAGGACCUACUGCUACUCCAACAGUCGCCCAGAGCCAGCCUUCUGUGAGGCACCCCAUGUGACGGUGAUUACUGGUGAACAAUGCAGUCUACAGUGGCACCUAGAGCGUUCCUGUUACCAGUACAAAGCCUGCUCCCAAUGCCUGGCUGUCUUUCCUCACUUUAAACAGAACUCCAAGGCCUGUAAAUGGUGUACAAACUGCCCCCAGGGUAAGUGUAUCCCUUUUGAGGGUGAGUGUAAACUAGAGAACGAAUGUGAUACCAACACUCUGAACCAAGUGAAGCUGGAGGCUGCACAGUGUGAAGAGUUCUCUUGUACUGCCUCUGACUGUGACAAAUGCCACGCCCACAGCUGUGUCUGGUCCAAUAACAUCAAGCGACAAGCUGAGAUGACACUGAUCUUAGCGGGUAAGCAGCCGUUUGAGUGGGGGUGUUUCCUGUCCCGGACAGUGACAGAGGGGCCUCUACAAUACUCUAACUCACAGUCCCAGGAUGUGUGCCCCGCCCGGUGUUACACCUACACAACGUGUACCUCCUGUCUCAAGUCUAUUGGUAGUGAGGGCGGCUCUAAGGAGUGUAUCUGGAGUGAAAUGUUACAAGAGUGUAUGCCACCUGCCUACCAUCACCUACACUGUGCAGGCGGAGAGUGCGGUCUCAUUAUCCAGGCAACUCGCACCAAGUGUCCACGCCCAUGUAUGGAGUACCAGUGGUGCUCCGACUGCCUCCAAGCCCCAGGCUGUGGCUGGUGUGCUUUUCUAGGACUCAACGGGAAGGGAGUCUGCAUGAAGGGAGGUGUGAAGAGCCCCAUUGGGGGUCGAUGUGAAGGGCAAGUGGUGGAACCUGGGGAGGGAGAGCUGCCAGAGGAGGACAAACCCUUCCUGCGCCUAUCCAAUGGCGCACAGUGGGUUUUCACCAAGUGCCUCAGUGAGAAUGAGUGUUUAAAUAACCAUCAUAACUGUGACAAGGAGCGGCAGCGCUGUAUAGACAAAUCCAAGGGCUUCGUGUGCCAGUGUAAGAAGGGCUACCUCUGGAAAGAACGUAAGGGGAUCUGCGAGCCGGUGUGCCAUCAAGGCUGUGUACAUGGAGUGUGUGAUGCUCCAGACCAUUGUACCUGUGACUUUGGCUGGGUGGGAAAUGAUUGUAGUACCAAGUGUAUGUGUAAUGGCUACAGCAAGUGUCGCAGUGCUCUGGAGAAGGAUAACUGCCUGGCCUGUGUCAACAACACAUUGGGGGCUCACUGUGAGCACUGUGAACAGCUGUACGUGGGGUCCCCUGAGGACAAGAAGCCCUGUGUACCUUGUCUGGAGCACUGUCACAACCACACCCCUAACUGUACUUUUGGGGGAGGCAUCAACAAUCACUCCUAUCCCCCUUACUUCUGGGAUAGCACAUACCAUAACUUUGGAUCUCGUGGCCCAAAAGAAGACGAGGCGUUGUGUCUGGACUGUAUGUAUAAUACAGAGGGGCGUCGCUGUGAAAAGUGUCUGGAUGGCUACUUUAGGGUGGAGAAAGAGGGCAAAACAGCCUUUGACAAGUGUAUCAAGUGCCAGUGUCAUGGCCACAGUGACAUGUGUGACAGCAAGUCCGGCCUGAACUGUCGCUGUGCCAAUAACACAGAGAGUCCCUGUCAGAGCCAGAAGAUUGACAAGGAGUCAGUGGAGAAGUGUUGGCAGAAACAGUGCUCGGCCUGUAAGGAAUACUUUCUAGGGACGCCCACGAACGGCCAUCAUUGUUACCGCCAGAUGACAGUGGACCGAGACUACUGUCUGGACCCGGACACACAGAAGAACUGUAAUCAAAAUCCUGGUCCCCUGCUGAGAGGGCGCACUGUAUUCUUCGCCGUCCAACCACGCUACCUCAAUGUGGACAUUAGAGUUACCAUAGACAUCACAAAAGGAGGUGUGGACAUCUACUUUUCGUCAAGUGACCAGACAUUUAUUGUGGAUGUGAGCAAGGUCAAUGGUUUCCACAGCAUCAAGCUUGACCCCUCCCUGGCCUCUGACCUGACCUUUCCUCACCCCCAUGACAUGCAGCACGGUGGUCGGCACAGACGCAGUGUACAGAACAGUUCCUCACACAAGUGGCAUGAGCUGAUAGAGCUAAAGGCCAACGACUUCCACACCUACCACACUGUCAAGAUGACCCAUACAAUCCUAAUCAUCCAGAACGUCCAGUCUCGUGUGGUCAUUACACUGCCUCUCGAGCUAGGACUAAAGACUUCCAAGUUUUAUGUGGUUAUGUACGGACGUGGCGGUCAGACAUCUAACGAAACUUACGGAAAUCUUUACUUUAGACAAGAUCAGACACAUAUAGAUCUGUUUGUGUUUUUCUCUGUAUUUUUCUCCAGUUUCUUCCUAUUUCUUGCCAUGUGUGUUUUGCUAUGGAAACUUAAGCAGGCUGUUGAUGCUCAAAGGAGCAGACGUGAGCGUGCAAAAGAGAUGAUGCAUAUGGCAUCGCGGCCCUUCGCUCGUGUUCUUAUUCUUAUAGAACCUGAACCCAUGCCUUUUGUGUCAACACCAUUACCAAGGCGAACAAAGUAUAUGAAGUUAUCUAACCGUAACACAUCAGGGAUGGCCCUGACCCCUGUAGAGACUCUACAACUUCCUUUCCAACCCAUGGCUAAGGAGGAACAUCCAUUUGAUGUCGUGGCCAUGGCCAUCGAACCAACAGAUGAUGGGAUAUCGGCUGUCCGCACAGCAAUGUUCCAGAUGCCAGGUGGCCCGACUGUUCCCACAAAAUUGUGUCUUGGUUCCACCUUGACGUUAAGUGUUCGGGCAGCCAUGAUGGGAAUGAAAGUGACGUCACGGCGACGCCCAAGUUCUACAGUAUGUUGAUAUGGAGUUGUAUAUUAAUUUAUAUUGUGACAUGACUAAGUCAUUGAUAUUGUAGCUAGUGAAUUUAUCACGUGUUUGAAUUUUAAAUUCCCACUUGACACAUUUAUAUUGCCGACUUUGAGAGACCUGAUGAACUAUUGAGUGUCUGGUCAUGUGAUGGUGUUAAACCGUCUAGAACUUUUAUACCAACAUUGAUGUGAAAUAAUCAUGUUGUAUUUCUUAUUCCUUUUUUGUAAUAUUUACAAUUUUUUCUUCUUAACUUUAGCUACAUAAAUAAUUGUUUUUGAACUGAAAAGAUAAUAAUGUAUUCUAAAUGCACAAAGGAGAAUUUUAUACCAGAUUAGUGGUAGCCUGCCAAUGCUAUUAUUGUGUGUACUUGUCUGGGUGUAGUCACAAGAUCUGAAUAGCUAAAUCACAGGAGCGUUUUACCCAGUGUUGGAUGUUCUGUAUGUCUCAAUGCAAUUGUUUUAAUCCAUCAAAAGGGAACACAUAUCUUGCUUUAUCACAGAUGGCUCUUUAUAUAUUUGCGUAUAUUAUUUUGAAAAUAAGUUGUUGUUUUUCCCCCGAUGAUUCACCUGUUUUGUUAUUGAUGGUACUAUCAAGUAUUCGUGUUGAUUGUUAUUAUUGAGGUUUUACAGGUCUAGCAUCACCAGCAGGAUUUCAGUCGGUCCGUGUAAUUGUUUUAUCAUCAUUAUCUUUGAUGUCAGGUGUUUUGUGGCUGUUCUGUCUGGUGUGAAGGGGUUAGUGUGGAUUGUAUGUGAUAUGUGUGGAUACAAGCUUAAGGUAUAGCUGUGGUGUGACGGUAUGUGUGGAUUGUAUGUGUCAUGUGUGGAUUGUAUGUGUCAUGUGUGGAUGUAAGGUAUGACUGGUGUGACAGGGUAUGUGUGGAUUGUAUGUGUGAAGCCUGUUGUUGUGUCUGUACCAGAUGUACAUAUAUAGUGUCAGUAAAUUUCCUCAUUUGUGUGCCAAUUAAAAGCCUUCCUAUUUUACAUAGGAUUAUUUAUACAUGUACUUGUAAUCACAAAGCAUGUGGCCUGGAGCUGUUUGUUGUCUUGUUGCAGUAGUGAGCAUUAUUUCUGUUGCUAUAGCCAGUUUUAUUUAUGUUUGUAUCUUGUAAGUGUGAGAUAUUAUUUGAACCUCAAUCCAAUUUUUUUGUUUUAUGUGUGUCUGAUAAUGACUGAGAUGUUUGUAUUUUGUCUGUUGUUAUGAUAUGUUUACAUAGGAGUAUGAUAACCCUACACAUUUGGUUCAUAUUACCCAGUAUGAUAUUGAUCGAGGACUAUAAUAACCCACCCCUGGUUCAUACAUGCUUGUUUGAUGGGCAAUCUAGGAGUAUAUAAACCCUCCCUGGGUUGGAUGGGGGCCUGCUGGUGCGUCACUUAUGUAUAUUGAUGGGGGUAUUGAUUACUUUUGUAAUACCAGGUAUGUUUGUAUGAUUCAUUCUAAACAAUGUAAAGCAUACUCUAAGGUCACAUGUUAGAAAUAGAUUAUAGGUUCUGAAUUUUAAUAUAAAAAAACACAUAGCUGGAUACUUGUGAAAAAGAUGGACACUUGUGGAUAAUAUGGAUAUUUGUGUUUACGGUAGAAUUAUGUGCCAGUACCCAAAUGGAGCCCAUUUCCAGAAGAAUUACCCUAGUUUAAUAUGGCAGUAGAACUUUUCGUUACACUGUCUCAGAAUUCACAUUAAUCACUCAGCUGCCUGAGCUUAUGCUAUGUAUGGCAUCUGUAGACUAAUAAUGAUAAUAAUAAUAAACUUUACAUAUUGAGGAAAACAUACAUGUUUAGCCAAAGGCUAAUCUUCCACAUGGUCCUGUUGACUGCCACCUGUCGGUCUAGUGUCUAGUGUUUUCCUUUAAAAAUCGUCUGUAUAACCAGGAGGUUUAUCAUCCUGAUAUUUGGCCAGUAGCAUGCUGAGGUGGAGGACGAUCAAGUUUGUUUAAAUGAAUAUUAACCUUGUUUUAGCUUCAGGAUAACAUGAGUGAUAUAAGUUCAAAUCUUCCGACAAAGAUACAUAAGGUGUAGAGUUGUGAAAUUUAGCUCGUGUAGUGGAAAUGCACUGGGUUGAUCGCUAGGAACCAGGUAGCUCAAUGGGUUAGAGCGUCAGUCUUUAGGGUUCAGAGUAUCUGUUACUCCAUACAACCAGGUAGCUCAAUGGGUUAGAGCGGCAGUCUAUAGGGUUCAGAGUAUCUGUUACUCCAUACAACCAGGCAGCUCAAUGGGUUAGAGCGUCAGUCUAUAGGGUUCAGAGUAUCUGUUUCUCCAUACAACCAGGUAGCUAAAUGGGUUAGAGCAUCGGUCUAUAGAUUUGGGAGUAUCUGUUACUCCAUACAACCAGGUAGCUCAAUGGGUUAGAGCGUCAGUCUAUAGGGUUCAGAGUAUCUGUUACUCCAUACAACCAGGUAGCUCAAUGGGUUAGAGCGUCAGUCUAUAGGGUUCAGAGUAUCUGUUACUCCAUACAACCAGGUAGCUCAAUGGGUUAGAGCGUCAGUCUAUAGGGUUCAGAGUAUCUGUUACUCCAUACAACCAGGUAGCUCAAUGGGUUAGAGCGUCAGUCUAUAGGGUUCAGAGUAUCUGUUACUCCAUACAACCAGGUAGCUCAAUGGGUUAGAGCGUCAGUCUAUAGGGUUCAGAGUAUCUGUUACUCCAUACAACCAGGUAGCUCAAUGGGUUAGAGCGUCAGUCUAUAGGGUUCAGAGUAUCUGUUACUCCAUACAACCAGGUAGCUCAAUGGGUUAGAGCGUCAGUCUAUAGGGUUCAGAGUAUCUGUUACUCCAUACAACCAGGUAGCUCAAUGGGUUAGAGCGUCAGUCUAUAGGGUUCAGAGUAUCUGUUACUCCAUACAACCAGGUAGCUCAAUGGGUUAGAGCGUCAGUCUAUAGGGUUCAGAGUAUCUGUUACUCCAUACAACCAGGUAGCUCAAUGGGUUAGAGCGUCAGUCUAUAGGGUUCAGAGUAUCUGUUACUCCAUACAACCAGGUAGCUCAAUGGGUUAGAGCGUCAGUCUAUAGGGUUCAGAGUAUCUGUUACUCCAUACAACCAGGUAGCUCAAUGGGUUAGAGCGUCAGUCUAUAGAGUUCAGAGUAUCUGUUACUCCAUACAACCAGGUAGCUCAAUGGGUUAGAGCGUCAGUCUAUGGAGUUGAGAGGGUCGGUCCAUAGAGUUGAGAGUAUCUGUUACUCCAUACAACCAGGUAGCUCAAUGGGUUAGAGCAUCGGUCUAUAGAGUUGAGAGUAUCUGUUACUCCAUACAACCAGGUUGCUCAAUGGGUUAGAGCGUCGGUCUAUAGAGCUGAAAGCGUCGGUCUAUGGAGUUGAGAGUAUCUGUUACUCCAUACAACCAGGUAGCUCAAUUGGUUAGAGCGUCGGUCUAUGGAGUUGAGAGGGUCGUUCUAUAGAGCUGAGAGCGUCGGUCUAUGGAGUUGAGAGGGUCCCAGGUUGGAAUUAGUCUGGCGGUGCUUUUUUCCCUGUUAUAGUAGUGCCUGUGGCCAUCCCUUGUUUCAAGCAUUGAAUGUACAUUUGAGAAGUGGAUACCUGAACCUUGUUCAUAGUGUUGUCUUCAGGGGCAAAGGAGGAAGGUUGGUACCUGAACUGGACUGGGUCGAUUGCUGGCAACGAGGUAGCUCGAUUGGUUAGAGCAUAUGGUACAUCAAGAUUUAGGAGGGUCCUGGAUUCAAAUCCUGGUCGUGCUGUGCAUUUUUCCUCUCCUGUUACACUUAUAUAGUGUGAGUUUGCUUGCAAUCUAGUUUGUUUAAAUAAAGUUGAUUUUGACUCACUUUGAAGGAAACAAGAGGGAAAUGUGUUUGUCAACAGCAUAGAAUAACAGGUGAGCAACACAGGCCCAUUGGGCCUCCUGUUCUGUUCAUGUUUCUAUGUAAGGAUGAGCUGGCGUUAAUAUAUAACAACCUGCGGGGCCCGUUUAAUCGGUCAGUGUACUUAGGUAGAUACAUUUUAUUUCAAUAUUUUAGUACUUAAAGAUCUGACCGCACUAUAAUUAUUAUGUAGGAGUUCAGGUAAAUCUAAAAAGAUCUUAAAAUUUCCUCUCAUAUCAAUACAUGCAAAUAUAUCUAUUGAAGUUUCCAACAUUUACAACCUUUGUUAAAGCUUCUGUACUAUAAUAUAGGGUGUAAGUGUAACUGUGUGAAAAAGAUGCCACAAUUGAUAACCAUAAGUACCAUCCUUUUCCGUGUCCUCUCGUUACGCCUAGAGAAAGCUUGUGAAUGGAGGUCAUCUAUCUUUUGAUGUAUCUUUUUAAACUUUUAAUUGAUUAAUUCAAAUUCGUUUUGCAUGAUCAACUGAUUUAAUGUAAAACCCUACUGAUAGGUCAGAGGUCAACCUAGUCUGUAUGUUAAUUUCACUUGUUAGUUUUAGUAGCAUAUUAAAAUCAUUAGGAUCUUCGGACAAUGAAGAUAUCAAAUGUUCAACAUGCUAGGGCUUAUUAACAAGGAUCCUAUCCUAUACAACAUGGUUCGCACAGGUCUUGAAAAACCCUUGAAUUUGAUGUCUGUCUUGAAAAACCCUUGAAAAUGACUGUAAGCCUUGAAAAACCCUUGAAAAUCAAUGGGAGUCCUUGAAAAACCCUUGAAAAUCAAAGAAGUUAGUUGGGUAUCCGUUUCUGUCAUGUUAAUUCCGUAUUUUGUAAUCAUUCGUCGCAAACAAUUAUUAUCUUUAACACAAAUUGAUCGUCAAAUUGCAGAUCGUAAUUUUUAAUAAUUCCGGAAAAUAUAUACCGAUGAAGUUUCCGGUUUUACUUUUUCAAUUCAUAUCGUCACUGCGUUUGAAUUGAGGAAGUAUCGUAGUGUAAGCGCCACAGUGACAUACGGUCAUGCGCAUUAAGAAUAUUGUUAACAGGAGGGGAACACGAACGCAACAACUGCGAUGGGGAAGUGUGUUUUUAACCGCAAAUGGCUAGACGAUCCAAGAUUUUUUUCGGUAAGGGAGUUCAAGGGUGAUAGGACUUCUGCUAUGAGCUCGCUGUGUAACAAAAUUAUCGAUCUGGGCAAGAUUAAGGAAUACGCCCUUACAUCACAUGAAAAGUCAUAAACACGUGAAACAUUUUCGGGGACCGCUUCGACUCAGCCUUGGACACUUUUAUACCAAACCCUCUACUUCAACGACAAGUACAUCGAGACCUACCUCGACUGUUCCUAAUCCAAAUCCGAACACCGAUGACUUUCCUUCAAUCCUAGCCCCUCGAGGCCUUGUUGUUCAUUAAAAUUGUUUGUUAUUUUGCAAUAUAAAUGAGCCCUUGAAUUUUCAAAAUUUGUUUUGAAAAACCCUUGAAAAGUCCUUAAAUUUUGUGGUCAAAAGUUUGUAUGAACCAUGUACAAGCUUUAAUGGUCUUUGAUUAGAUAGGGAUUAAGAAUGAAAGUGAAACAAUGUUUUGUUAUCUUUUUGUAGUGAAAACAUUUGUUAAUCUGUUACUGUAAUCUCAGUAAAAUGUUUUUGUUUCCUGUAAAUGCUGUAUGGUGGUAUCAUUUCCUGUAAAUGCUGUAUGGUGGUAU